CGUCCGGGGCGCACGACGCACCGUUGACCUGCGCGAAAAGCCCGGGAAUUCGCUCAGCACGGGUUGACACCUGCGCAGCAUCCCUCGCACCCGAAGAUCGCAUCUAAAGUAAUGAUUAUUUCGGUCCACGGCCAUAGUUCCGCGUAUUCCCGUGGCGCUGUUACGACUACGGAUUUAUAUAUUUUACAAAUCAGUUAAAACGCAAUUUUACAUUAGUGAAAUUAUUGAAAUUAACAUUAUUUACAUCGCACUGUGUUUUAUGUUCAUUGCUUUGUUAUCUAGACUUAAGGGGUCGUCGCGUCCUGUAUCGCGAUGUCGUCCAUUUAAGAGAUAUCCAGGGACAUGUCCGAGAGGAUUGUGCUAAUUUCGUUAGUAUAGUAGGUACUUUGUUUUGUUAAAAUGUGCGCGUUUAUAUUAUUAUAUCGAUGUUGUUUGGACUGGCGGCUAUCCAUUUACGCAAGGAACGGAGACACUUAAACUUAAAAGACAAUAAUUUGCUGAAAAUGCAAUUUGUGACCACCUAAAAAGAAUCCUACGUCCCAAUAACUCUCCCUAAUGGAUAUUGUAAGAUUAUUGAUAUUUGUCGCGAUUUAUGCGGCUGCGAAUGCCGAAGAUGACGUCGAGAAGGAUAAAAAAGCCGUGGAGGCGAAAAAGGGGCAGUCGAGGUCCGCCUUGCCCGAACCAGUGCGGGGUUCCUUCCAGAAGCUGUCAAAUCUUAUGAACAGAAGCGAGGAAUUCAAAAAUCGCAGACGCGGUAAGCAAAACCUGAAAAAUCUAUUGCUUCUCGGUCACAGAAAUGACCAAGAAAAUAUGAUGAAUGACAAUGAAGGUUCUAUAUCGAACCAAAAAGUAAAUAUAGUUAACGAGACGAAUUCUUUGACGAAGAUAAAGACCUUACGGCCGUCUGGACCUACGUAUGAGGCGACUUACAAGAGCACACACUACGUGCCACAGGUUAUGGGGGUGUUCUGUAAUUUCGAGAAAACGAAUGGGUCGUUAGAUAUGUGUAUCUGGCAGUGGAAUCAGACGAUAUCAAGCCAUGGGUUGGGGUUCAGAGUCGUUACCUCAGCUGAUGUGGAGUAUAUGAACGAAACAACGCAAGGGCUGAAAUUUUCCGCGCCCGCCAUGGACGCAGAUUUUAAUAAAGACGGGCAUUUCCUGUACUUACCAGUAGACCCCACUAUGGAGAAUAUGGUUAUCAAGUCACCCCCAUUUCGUGGUCUCCGGGAGUUUUGUAAGUUCGAAGUGAAAAUGCAUCAGAGCAAGAUGCAGAAUGCGAGCAUUCGACUUGUGUCUGAGUCUACAAUGUCUGAAGUACAAUGGAUACUUCAGGAAUUCGCUGGGAACAAUGUUGAAAUGUGGCAACCAAUGCGAUUUAUGAUUGGAAAAGUACAGCAAGAAGUUCGUAUUAUAAUCGAGAUAACCCGGCCAAAUUAUGUGAGCGUGUCUCAUGUACUACCACACAUUGCCAUAGACAACAUCCGUAUGGUGGAGUGCUUGCCUGAACCCCCUGUGUAUAAUGGCGAGUGCCAGUUUAGACAGCUUAAAUGCAAGAUUAUGAAGAAGGAUUCAUGUAUCAAGUUGCAGCAAAUUUGUGAUCUGGUUAAAGACUGCGAUGAUGGCCAGGAUGAACAUCAGAACUGUGUCAAAAUGCCAUACGGCUCCUACUGCAACUUUGAGCAUGACACCUGUGGAUUUGAGAAUGUGCCUCAACCAAUCCUAAAAUGGUCGCGACACAGCGGUCCCACGCCCACAGACAAGACAGGACCCAACUACGACCACACCUGUGGUCCACCACAAAUGUUAUACACCACUACCAGCCCCAUCAUCCCCUUAUCCCCGGCACAUAGAAACUACACAAUUUCAUCAUGUCUCGGGUAUUACUUCUUCGUCAAUAUGAACGUGACGGGGCCGAAUAAGGAGAGAGCCGAUUUCGCGUCAACGGCUGUUAUGCGAACCGUUAUUUUCAAUCCGCCCCCCAAAGUCCACGGGAAUAUCACUUCAAAGUACUACAAUUGUUGUACGAUACGUUUCUAUUACCAACAAAAUGGACGUAACUACGGAUCGUUAAGCGUAGAUGUUGUGGAAUUGACUUCUAGAGGUAACAUCACCACGUCCUUGUGGUUCUCUACUAAGGAUAAAGGAGAGAAUUGGUACAGAGCUGCUAUUUUUCUACCAAAUAUUACUAGCAGAUACUAUUUCCUAUUUAAAACUCGCAUGGGAAUGAGGAUCUAUUCGGACUCAGCGAUAGACGACUUCUCUAUGGCACCGGAGUGUUUUGGUCUAAAUAUAAAUGCGACUGAGUUGGGAGAUUAUAAUUAUUACGAUCCGGUGUUUGAAGAGAAGACUACACCUCACACUGACUUUACUGAUACUACUGUAUACCGCUUCUCAACAUGUGGAGCGACUGGUCGGUUGGGCCCCAACCAGACGAUGUGUGACUCGGCGUACAAGAACUCCUCUGCAUCAGUCACAGUGGUUCAUUCACCACCAUACAAUGGGAUACAGGUGUGGGAGGUGCCUAACGAAGGAUUGUAUACGAUAAUAGCAACAGGUGCCAGUGGGGGCCUAGGCUCCAUGUGGGCAGGGGUCUCUCACGGGGCCCAAGCGAGGGGUCUCUUUGAGUUACAUCGCUCUGAGAAGAUCUAUAUGUUAAUUGGACAACAGGGACUCAAUGCUUGCAAAAAGACAUUAUCAGCCCAAGAGAGCCACGAGUGUUCUCGCCGGGAAUCAAACGAAACUUACCAGAUAUUUACCAGCAAAACCCACGAAGUUAGAAACACACACGUCAACGAUGGAGGGGGCGGCGGAGGUGGUGCUACCUAUGUCUUCUUGUUGGGCAAAAACGGUCGCCCCAUACCCCUACUUGUUGGCGGUGGGGGAGGGGGGAUAUCUGUGGGAGUAUUCCGGGAUGAUAACUCGCAACAUGCCCGGGGAAGGACUAACACUACUCCCGAAUCUGGAUACAUGUAUGGAACACCCGGGAGGACCUCUGGUGCUGGCGGAGGCUGGCUCAGCCGCCGUGGACCGAUCACACCGGGUUUCGAGGUAGUUCGUGGAUCAUCAUUACAAGAAGGUGGUCUUGGGGGCCUCGCGUGUAAUGGGAGAGCACAUGGAGGCUUUGGCGGUGGAGGAGGGGGCUGUUUGAGAGGAGGGGGUGGUGGCGGAUGGGCUGGUGGCAGCACCCACGACGGCGUGGGUCAGCACGGCGAAGGCGGUUGGUCAUACAUAGACAACGCUAGAGCUAUCAAAGAUUACAGCUCAGCUGGAGUCGCUUUACGGACUGGGCCUGGAGAGGUCCUCAUUAUCCCUGCUAUACAUGCCUGUGGCUGCAAUUACCGUUGCGUGGCAAUGAACGAGUACAGAAGUGACGUGAAGUGCUACUGCCCUGCCUCGUGGUCUACGGACAGCAGUGACCCAACUAAGUGCAUACUUGAGGAAGUAUGGUCCCAAGGCUGGUGGAUCCUUGUCAUCGUGCUGUGUGUCAUCGGAUUCGUCUGCAUGGUCACUGUACCCUGCGUCUGUUUACACUUGUAUAAUAAAUAUCAGCGAAAGAAAGAAGCAGAGUUGCACCAAAAGAGACUCCUUGAACAGGAAGUUCAACUACACAGAUUACGUAGCGCCCCCGGGGCAGGCGAAAAUGCCCUGGGCAUGGCUUUCAACCCACAUUACGGAAGCGAAAGCUUCUUUCCCAUGGGAAUCGACGUUAAAGGGCUGCCACAGGUCGCCAGGGAAAAACUUAAAUUGAUAAAGGCGUUAGGGCAAGGUGCAUUCGGAGAAGUGUACCAAGGUCUCUACAAACACCAACCAGGGGACACAGUGGAAAUGCCCGUUGCUGUCAAAACCCUGCCAGAACUGUCCACUGGCCAGGCGGAGUCCGACUUCCUCAUGGAGGCAGCUAUCAUGGCCAAAUUCAACCAUCCGAACAUUGUUCAUAUUAUUGGUGUCUGUUUUGAUCGUCAUCCGAGGUUCAUAGUUCUGGAGCUGUUAGGCGGUGGUGAUCUGAAGCAGUUCCUUCGGGACAACCGACCCAAACCAGACAGAGCAAGUGCCCUUACCAUGAAAGACCUCAUCCUCUGCUCCCACGACAUUUGUAAGGGAUGCAAGUACUUGGAAUCUCAGAGAUUUAUACAUCGCGACAUAGCAGCUCGGAACUGCCUACUUACAUCCCGUGGACCCGGUCGUGUCUGCAAAAUUGCAGACUUCGGUAUGGCCCGGGAUAUAUACCGAGCUGAUUAUUACCGGAAAGGUGGGAAGGCAAUGCUGCCUAUUAAGUGGAUGCCGCCAGAGGCCUAUAUGGACGGAGUGUUUACAGCUAGGACCGAUGUUUGGUCCUUUGGGGUAUUACUCUGGGAGGUAUUUUCUCUCGGCGUGAUGCCAUAUACGGGUUGUUCUAACAGGGAAGUGAUGCAACUCGUCUCUGGGGGCGGAAGACUUGAUAAACCCUAUGGUUGCCCCUCUGACGUAUACCGUUUGAUGUGUGAGUGUUGGAACCCAAAUCCCGAUGAACGACCAUCGUUUGCCCAAAUGUUUGAUCGCCUACAGAGGUUCAUGCAGGAUCCAGAAAUAACCAACGCACCAUUACCAAUGAUGCGGUCUCUGAUACCUCUACACAACGAUCGCUACUUUGAUAAUCUCAACGGAAUAACGCGCUCGUCAGCGUGUGACUACCUGGUCCCGAUGUCACCCCAGGAGCAGACUCCAGACGAUAGCUCAACGGGUCCGUUGGUUCCUCAUAGCAAAGCGCCAACGGCGACACCUGACAGUCCAAAAGUGGAGGCUUCACCAUAUCCACCUCCACUGAAAGCAUCACAAGAAUAUGGCAACAUUCCAAUGGCAUCCAAGACCGGCGGGACCGGAAGGGGGGAGGCCUUUAUUGCUUCCGGCGCCGAGACUCGGACCAGCACAAAGUUUCUGCAGUCUAAUUCUACGGACAGGUUGCUAAGUUCAAUAGAGAGGACGUCCCUGGAUAGAGAAUUUGACACAGAGGCAGACGACAAGCCGAUCAUCUGGGAAACAUCUUUUAUUGAAACCAACAAGCAUGCCCUUGAACACAAACCGACCAACGAUAAUGGACCUACAGUUGAUAAGCUUAUAAGCAUAACUCCGACAUCGCCAAAACCACCAGAAAAUGCACUAACAAAAGCCAUAGAUAGCAAAACCCCAGAUAAAAAUAAAACAUUGGAGAAAAACAAAUUAGUUACAGACAAAAUGGCCGACCAGAACAAAAUAAACACCGAUAAGAAUUCGGUCGCUGCUGAUAAAAAGAAACUGAAUGCCGACAAAAACCUGCCCUUACCUGAUAAAAACAAAAAUACUCUUGCGGUCGACAAGAAAUCGGCUCCUAUUGCUUCUCCGGAUCCGCCGCGAAUCAACGCUUGGGUUAAAGACCCUCCAAAAAUAAUGCCAAAACCAAAACCGCUCUGUCUAGACGCCGCACAGUUAGAACAAAAUUUGAACGCACUUAAAAAGAAUAGUGGAUCAGUUAACCUUACGACUAUGAAUAUAGUCCCAUCAUACAUUAACGUUGUGACACCUAAUAAGUUAUCAGAAUCGAAAACCAUUCAAAUAGACCCCAAGAAAGCUGUAAUACAUGACCUACCCUUAGAAAAUGAAGAAAAGAGUAAAUUAAAACAAUCAAGUUCGGCUGCUAGUUUAUUAAAUGGACCCCUCACUGACGUUCCAUAUGCUGACAGUGACAACACAUCAUCGAGCUCCGGGAGUAUGGCGGGAAAUGCCAGAAAUAAAAGCUAUCCAGACAUCAACGUUGUGAACGGUAAUACCAAAAUAAAGAAACAGGGUAGCGAAGGUGACAAAGUCGCGGAUGUGGAAAUCAGCUGUUAAAUCUCAAGAUGGUCGCUUGACAGCUGCCAAUGUCAAGUGUCAGUGUCGCCGUUUUGCAGACUAUACAAACAAAUUAUACUAGUUGUUGUAAAUAUUGAUGUUUAAAAUGCGUUUUGAUUUCGAUGAAUAUAUUUUUGUUAGACGUUGUACAAAAUGAUUUAUUAAGUAUAAUUUAAGGCUUUCAGAUGCUUUUAGUAUAAAAAUAGUUUAACGCUCAUAUUUGCUCAAUGUUUUGCGUGAGAACAAUAAAUUUUUCUACGUGUAUGUUGUUUUCUUACUGUUUUUAACGAAUUGCUUGUAGCGUUUUAAUGGGUUAGCAUAGGUAAUUGGUGAAAUUGGAUGUUCUAAUAAUAUCAGUAACUUAACGCACAUCGCAUAAAAUAUUAGUAACAAUUUAAAUAGGCCAACUUUUUUAUCCAUUCCUUGUUUUAGAUUUGGAAACUUUUUGCACAACUUUAAAGACCAAAUAGGAAACUGUCUCUUGAUUUGUUAAAGGUACAAGGCUUUUUGUGGACACGUUAUGAGUAAUUUUCUACUAAAUAGCGAAAAGUUUUCUAAUCUCUAUAAUAUUUAUGUAACAUAGAAAAUAUGUAGUGCUUAAAAUUGUAAAUAAAAAGUAAUAAUUUGUAUACAUCCGCCCUGAGACAAAGGCAAUUGUCGAGUAGUUUUAAUGUAGUUUAAAUGCAUGUAAAGGUGUCAAAAUGUGAGACUUUUAUCUUCUAUUGAAACUAUUGAUAUCUCUUUCUAAUACAAUUGCAAGAUAAAUGAUUUAAGUUACAGGAAAGAGAUAACAGUAUGUCACAAUUUCACAUAUUUAUUUGGGCCCCCCGUGCCGCCAGUUUUAUGUCAAAUAUUCUAAUAUACAUAAUAUUUAUUGAUAUAUGUAUUGAAGUAUGUGUUUAAUCACAAUUGGAUGCUUUAAUUAAAUUUUAAGAUAGUGUAAGAGAAGUUUAAAAAAAUAUAAUUUUUUUCCGUUUUUAGUAGUGCCAGAGUUUUUGCCUCUAAGCAUUUAUUUUUUUCGAGGCAUGAAACAACAGGGUAUAGUGUUAUUUUGGGGUGUUUCCAAAAAUCAAAUUUUAUUAUUGAAAUAAUUUGGAAUUUUAAUAUUAGAUAUUCCCUAUUGUUAUUUGGUUCCUAAUUUAAAAUAGUUCCUAAUUCCCGUUUGUUUAAUGACAGCAAUUGAAAUGUAUUGUCUAUGUGUUAUGUCCACAUUUUAAUUAAAUACAAAUACACUAAGAGUUGUACCUACACCAUUUUAAAAAUUGGCUGUACCGUAGAACAUUUUUCAGUCAGUCCCUUGGCUGAACUUGAGCACUUAAAGCAAACUGCGUUAAAUACGACUCGGAACUUAGCGCUAUACUUAGCGUCUUAGACUUCCGUGUGUCAUAACCAAAUCAUGACAUGCGAGUCAUAUUUAGCACUAAGACCCUUAUGUCAAAAACUGUCAUCCUAUUUUUUUAACGUGGGCAAAUGCUUAAAGUUCGCGUAGCGGCUAUUUUGUAGAUAACUGGUCAGACACGUGACCUAUAGGUUGAAGGGGGCAAGGAGUUCCACUAUUGUGCUGUGCCUCUGGUCUGUGCAACCCAUCAGUUAAACCGAAUAACGUUUGAUCGUCACUUUCAGUUGCUCAAUAUAGAAAAUUAAUUUCUAAUAUUUUUGUUAAUUAUAUUGCGUAUGAAGGUUGUGAUUAAAACUUAGACCGCUCGAAAGAAUUACAGUUCCUUUUAAGUCGGAAGAAAUAGUGGCUAAGGCUUUUUAGAUCUAAAAAGCCUAUGUCGCUGUUUGAAUCGGACGCAAGUGACUUUGAAAUGUUAUUCUAAUUUAUUAUAACAGAUCUAUUGUCUACAAGAGUGCUUUCUAUUUAUAAUUUAUAAAUACUUUUCUAACGACUUUGCAAUGUAAGCUAUGAACUGUAAUAAUUUUGAUCUCGUUUUGUACUAAAGUUUUAAACAAAAAACACUGUUCUAAUGUGUUUAUUUAACAGAUUUGAAGUGAAACAAUUGUGAACGCAUCAUAAUAAUCGAUACAGAACCUAAUCGAUAAAAUUUACCGAUAAUUUUAAGCUUUGUUGAUGCGGUAAACCGUACGUACCUAUUGUGUUAUAUUACGAGAAGAUAUAAUUUAUAAGCCAAAAUAUUUUUAUAUGUAUGUUAACGGACCGUUCGAUAGCAAUUUGCAAUGAUGGUCCAUUUUUAAAUCUAUAAAAGUAUGCUGGUGCAUUUACGGAGUAGAUAAAAAGGAUUGACAGGUGUAGGCAUCGCAAGCGAAUCGCACGCAUUAAGCGUGCCACGUGGUUAAACAAUCACAGAAUUUGACAUAAGAACUUUCUUUUUAUCUAUUCUGUGGGAACAAUAAAUUCCCAAUUUAAACUUGGUCAGAUUACAAGUCAAGUAUUACUCGCCCUACGAAUUUUCAAGCUAUUUUUAAUAAUAGACGGAAGUUAUUGUAGCACGUCUGAUACAAAUGCACCGUUUUUCACGUUUUGAUUGUUUUAGGCAGUUUAUGGAAUUGCAGGGUUACUACAAUAUUUUUCUAUAACUAUAUUUUCAUAUAUAUCAUUGCAAUGAUGAUAGCGGUGUUGUAAUAUUUUGUCCAUUAAAGUGAUAUAAAAAUAUGGUAGUCCCAGCGAGGGCUCAAUCUGUAAUGGCCUAAAACUUUUUAAAUGUGAACAUAUACUUGUUACAGAUUAAAUUUAAAAGUUGCCAUCAUUCCCCCUUACUAAAUGUCCCUUCCAGUAUUUGUUUUUAUAGAUUUUCUAAUAUACUGCGUAUUUACAUAAAAUUGAAACGGUAGUUUUAAUUCAGGACAUGACUGAUGACAUGUAACUGACGUUUCUAGCUACUAUGACGUUUCAUAGGGAGAACUUGCUAUCGAGCGGAUUUCGUAGAGAUUUGAACCCUGCCAAAUCAGACGAAGCGGUCUUUGUUAGUUCGAAUCGUUGAGGGAUCGAGUCCAACAGAAUUGAGACAAAACGCUAAAACUUGCGUUAUCUAUCUCUCUCUAUUGUUGGAGUCUCAUGCUGGAACGGGACAGCCUUAUCCCUCUCGGUCAGAAUUGUUGAAACAACGAAAUUGAUUUGCAUCGCAAAUUAUUUUAUUUUUCAAAUAUCAAAUUGUAAACUUAGAGUAAAUUUAUAAUAUAUGGAUAAUUGUAAUGUUCAUAAGAGAUUAUGAGCGAAAUGUAUUGGUUAUCGCGAAUAA